UUUAUUUAUGCUAUCUAUUUAUUUUCCUUUUUUUUUUUUUGAGAUGAAGUCUUGCUCUGUUGCCCAGGCUAGAGUGUAGUGGUGUGAUCUCAGCUCACUGCAACUGCUGCCUCUGGGGUUCAAGUGAUUCUCCUGACUUAACCUCCUGAGUAGCUGGGACUACAAGAGCAUGCCAUCAUGCCCAGCUAAUUUUUAUAUUUUUAGUAGAGAUGGGGUUUCACCAUAUUGGCCAGACUGGUUUUGCCUUCCUGACCUCAAGUGAUCUGCCUGCCUCAGCCUCCCAAACUGUUGGGUUACAGGGGUGAGCCACCGUGCCUUGCUAUUUAUGCCAUUUAUUUCACUGAAGAUUUCUCCUCUCAUUUCUUGAAUCAUUUUUUUUAAUUUCCUUGAAUUGGACUUCACAUUUUUCUGAUGCCUCCUUGUUUAGCUUAAUAACUGACCUUCUGAAUUCUUUUUCAGGAAAAUCAGGAAUUUCUUCUUGGUUUAGAGCCAUUGCUGGACAUCCUUUGCCAUUCAACCUCUGAUUUGCACAAGGUGACUAAAGGAUCAGCAGCAAACAAAAUCAAAGGUCUUCUAGAGUGCACUAAAGCGGAAGAUAACAUAAGAUUUUUAUCUUACCAUGAAAGUAUUAUCUGAAGGACAGUUAAGGAUUUGUGUUGUUCAACCAGUACAUCUCACUUCAUGGCUCCUUAUAUUUUUUAUUCUAAAGUCUAUCUCUUGUCUAAAACCUGCUCGACUUCCAAUUUAUCAAAGGAAACCUUUUAUAGCUGCUUGGAAUGCUCCAACAGAUCAGUGUUUGAUAAAAUAUAAUUUAAGACUAAAUUUGAAAAUAUUUCCUGUGAUUGGAAGCCCACUGGCCAAGGCCAGGGGGCAAAAUGUCACUAUAUUUUAUGUCAACAGAUUGGGAUACUAUCCAUGGUAUACAUCACAAGGGGUCCCCAUUAAUGGGGGUCUCCCACAGAACAUAAGUUUACAAGUACAUUUGGAAAAAGCUGACCAAGAUAUUAAUUAUUACAUCCCUGCUGAAGAUUUCAGUGGACUUGCUGUUAUAGAUUGGGAAUAUUGGCGACCACAGUGGGCCCGGAACUGGAACGCAAAAGAUGUUUACAGGCAGAAGUCAAGAAAGCUUAUUUCCGAUAUGGGAAAGAAUGUAUCAGCUACCGAUAUUGAAUAUUUAGCUAAAGUGACCUUUGAAGAAAGUGCAAAAGCUUUCAUGAAGGAAACCAUCAAAUUGGGAAUUAAGAGCCGACCCAAAGGCCUUUGGGGUUAUUAUUUAUAUCCUGAUUGCCACAAUUAUAACGUUUAUGCCCCAAACUACACUGGAUCAUGCCCAGAAGACGAAGUCUUGAGGAACAAUGAGCUCUCUUGGCUCUGGAACAGCAGUGCUGCUUUAUAUCCUUCUAUUGGUGUCUGGAAAUCCCUUGGAGACAGUGAAAAUAUUUUGCGCUUCUCCAAAUUUCGGGUGCAUGAAUCCAUGAGGAUCUCCACCAUGACAUCUCAUGAUUAUGCUCUGCCUGUAUUUGUCUACACAAGGCUAGGGUACAGAGAUGAACCUUUAUUUUUCCUUUCUAAGCAAGAUCUAGUCAGCACCAUAGGAGAAAGUGCUGCCUUGGGAGCUGCAGGCAUUGUUAUUUGGGGAGACAUGAAUUUAACUUCAUCCAAGGCCAACUGUACAAAGGUGAAGCAGUUUGUGAGUUCUGAUUUAGGGAGCUACAUAGCCAAUGUGACCAGAGCUGCUGAGGUAUGCAGCCUUCACCUCUGCAGGAACAAUGGGAGGUGUAUAAGGAAGAUGUGGAAUGCACCCAGUUACCUUCACUUGAACCCCACAAGUUAUCACAUAGAGGCCGCUGAGGAUGGGGAGUUUACUGUGAAAGGAAAAGCAUCUGAUACAGACCUGGCAGUGAUGGCAGAUACAUUUUCCUGUCAUUGUUAUCAGGGAUAUGAAGGAGCUGAUUGCAGAGAAACAAAGACGGCUGAUGGCUGCUCUGGGGUUUCCCCUUCUCCUGGUUCACUAAUGACACUUUGUCUAUUGCUUUUAGCAAGUUAUCGAAGCAUUCAGUUGUGAGAUAAUUGAGUUUAAAGGGAAUUGUGUGGCCUCUAGCCUAGUCAUUUAAAGAAGGAUGUAACUUAUAACAAUUUUUUUCUCUUAUGAAUUCUAUUGAGAGAUAUUGUAAGUAGACAUUAUGUAUGUCACUUAACGUAAACAGAAACAUAUUAUUUUAUUUGCCUCCAAUCUGGCUAGGAAACCAGAUCUGGAGUAAAGUCAAUGUAUACUUCCUCCUUAUUGGAAUAUUUAAGUUGCAUUUAAACUAAAACUAGUAUAAUUUAGUCUUUUCAUGAAUGUACAUACAUAAAAUUAUACAUAAAAAUAUUAAAUUAUUCAUUUCAAAGAC